CUCCCCCUGGUGGUCAACCCAGGAGAGUGCAGACAACAUGGCGGCCCCCGUGAGGACAUUGUGCUGUUCAGUGCUGAGGCUUUCCAGCAGGCAGUUCAGCACAACAUGCGGAGUCCAGGGUGGAGAGAAAUGGAGGAAAGAACAUGGAAUUUCUAAAAGUGGCACAGAAUACGGCCCUCUGACAGAUCUGCCUGAUUGGUCGUUUGCAGAUGGCAGACCAGCUCCUCUGCUGAAGGGACAGCUGAGAAGAAAGCAGGAGAGGGAAGUUUUAGCGAGACGUAUCGUGAUGCUGGACUCGGAGGUGGACCGAGGCAUUGAGAAGUGGAAUGAAAAACAGGAAGCGGCCGAAAGAAUGGAGGAGCACAAAAAGUCUCUAUUACUGAAGCCUAAAGGGAAGUUGUUAAUAAAGAAACAAACCAAAAAUAGUUAGAAAACAUAUUAUCAUGGCAAUCCGGUUGCCACAUCCUUAUUCUGAAUGAUAUCAGUCUAUUGAAUAUAUUUAUGAGGACUUUCUCAUGCUUUGCAAUUUGUGUUUUUCAUGGAUUUCUGCAAUAAAUGUUCUGAUUUAUACUUUAAA